AUGGCCCACUCCAUCCACGGCACCCUCAUCCACUCCCUCGCCCCCUCCACCCUUCAAAUCCUCCCCUCCACCCUCCUCAUCAUCUCCCCCUCGGGCUCCAUCCUCUCCAUCCACCCCUCCACACCCCCCUCAUCCAUCCCCUUCCUCCUGGCUCCCCACAAUCUCACUCCUGAAACGUGCCCAACACUCACCCUCUCACCGACUCAAUUCCUCACUCCGGGCUUCAUCGACACCCACACCCACGCCCCGCAACACGCCCAACGCGGUCUCGGCCGAGGCCUCCCCCUCCUCACGUGGCUCGACACACUCACGUUCCCGAACGAGGCGAAAUGCAAGGAUCUCGUUCACGCGUCUUCCCUUUAUACAUCCUGUGUUCGCGCCGGACUUAAACAAGGGAUCACCACUGCAUGCUAUUACGCAUCGCUACAUAAAGAUGCCUCGGUGGUUCUUGCGGAAACUUGCCUCAGGGAAGGUCAACGGGCGCUGAUCGGGAAAUGCAAUAUGGAUCGACAUGCUCCGGACUGGUAUACCGAGUCUUCAGACGUGAAGGAGAGUGUGAGGUCCACGGAGGAGUUCUUGGGGGAGGUCCUGGCUCUCGAUCAAGGUGUGGGUGCUGGGGUUGGGAAGGGACUUGUUACGCCGGUUAUUACCCCGCGGUUUGCAAUCUCCUGCACGGAUGGCCUUCUUUCAGAACUGGGCAAAUUGGUGAAGAGGUAUCCCACCUUGCCAGUGCAGACUCAUUUCAACGAGAGUCCGGAAGAAGUGGAAUUCACGGCAAAACUGUUCCCCGCGUACAACUCGGAGACGGAAAUGUACGAGUCUUUCGGCCUCCUGAACGAACGAAGUAUUCUGGCUCAUACGAUAUACCUCAAAAAUGGGGAGAUGGACAGACUAAAAGAGUUGGGAUGUGGGGUCGCGCAUUGCCCCGUGUCGAAUACUUGUAUGGAUCGGUUUAUGGUGGCCCCCGUGAGUGAGUAUUUGAAAAGGGGGGUCAAGGUGGGUUUGGGGACGGAUUGUGGGGGUGGGUUUACGAAUAGUAUGUUGGAAGUUAUGAGGCAGGCUUAUCUGGUUAGUGUUGCUGGGAAGACGUUCCUGGGUGGCACUGGUGCUGCUGGUGAUGGGGAGAGGACGGCAUUGAGUACGGAGGAAGGGUUCUAUAUGGCGACCUUGGGAGGGGCGAGGGUCGCGGGCUUGGAUGGGAAGGUGGGGAAUUUUGAGGCUGGGAAGGAGUUGGAUGCUUGUUUGGUGGAUGUGAGUGUUGAUGGGGUCAUGGCGGAUGUGGACGAGGGAGAGGAUACCAGGAGCGUGUUUGAGAAGUUCAUCAUGACUGGGGAUGAUCGCAAUAUUACGGGGGUUUGGGUCAAGGGAAGGAGAGUCAAAGGAUAG